AUGCUGUUUUACUUGUCCUACGUGCUCACAGCAGUAGCUGCUUUGCUGGUGACUUGCCAUGCACAGUGUAAAUGUCCAGAAAUUCCUGGGCUACUUGGUAUCCCUGAACUGUCUGGAAGAGAUGGUCUGAAAGGACAGCCACAUCUAUCAUCAGGUCUACCUUAUUAUUUGGACACUGAACUUCACAAUGUUUUAAUAAAUUUGAAACAUCGACUUUCCCGACUUGAAGCUGUGCUUGCUUUGACUGGUAAAAUAAGAGAAGUAGGAGAGAAAAUACUUGCCAGCAAUGGGAAGGAAGUUAAUUUUGAAGCUGCAUUAAAAUCCUGUGAAAGUGCUGGAGGAACUCUUGCAACUCCCAUGAAUGAGGAGGAGAAUAACGCUAUUUUGAGUUUUGUGAAACAGUAUAACCGAUAUGCUUACUUGGGCAUUAAAGAGGGUGAGACUCCGGGUAAAUUUAAGUAUAUAAAUGGCAUGCCUCUGAAUUAUACCAAUUGGUACCAAUACGAGCCUAAUGGCAAAGGGAAAGAAAAAUGUGUAGAUAUGUACACUGAUGGGAGAUGGAUUGACAGAAAAUGCAACCUAUAUCGCCUCACAAUCUGCGAAUUUUAA